UUUAUCAAGUAUUGACAUGACAUGAUUCCAUGAAAUUGAAAUCCUUUAUUUUCAUAGCAGGCUGAACAACUUAUCAAACUAUAUCUAUCUAAAAUUUAAGGGUAAAACAGUGAAGUGCAAACUUUCUUUACUACUGUUCGUAAUAAAGUGAAGUUAAAAUGGCUACUCCAAAUAAUUAUGUACCGAGUGCUCCUGUUGUCACUUCUGGGCCAAACGAUCUUCCACCACCGUACUCCGCUGUCGUUGGAAAUCCACAAUAUGGCUUUGUAGCGCCGCCAGCUGAACCAAUGGCCGCAGGCGGUGUUUAUCCUCAACCGAAACAGUUUACAGCAACUGGAGUUUACCCUCAUCCGCCAGGCAUAAGUGCGCAACCUCAGCCUGGAUUAAUGGGUGCUGCCCCGUCCGGUGCAUCUGUUCCCGUGGGUAUAGUACUUCCGCCCGCAGUGGGUACGGAACCAACAACAAUAACAUGCUACAAUUGCGGCAAAGUUGUCACAACAAGAGUUACAUACACAACAGCCUGGCACACACAUUUAGUCGCUGGAUCCAUAUGCGUCACCACGAUGGUAUGUUCGUUAUGCUGCCUGGGUUUGAUACCAUACUGCUUUGACAACUUCAAGGAUGCUGAGCAUUAUUGCCCUAACUGCAAUUCUUUUAUCGGCAAAAACUCCAAAUGCUAAUGUGAAUUUUUUUGAAACAUUUGUGGUUAAAAAUGCGACAUAUGUAAUAAACACCUUAAAUUUUAUAGGAACACUAAAUAAUACAAUAUUAGCUUUGGUUUUUCUCUAUGAAUUAAUUUUUUUUUUAAUAAUUUUUUACUCUACAAUGAGUCGAAAAAUAUUGGCAGCGUCAAUGUUCCUGAUUGAUUUACAUUAAACAUAAUAUAUAAGAUAUAUUGAGAUAAUAUUGCAUAUUGCUAGUAGUAUCUUUAUUAUAUAUCAGUUUUUCAAUAUAGUAUAUGAAUUCUAAUGUAAUAUAUAGUGCCUCUUGAAGUUUAUAGUAUUUAUUUUAUUUGUUUACCUUUAGUAAAAUAAAUCACGAUUUUGUAAACACUUACGGAUAAGUAUAUUUGCAGAUAACAUUGCAUAAAUUAGACAUUAUCCAGAAUAUUGACCCUUAAUUGUCCUGGUUCAAACUGACUUGGAUUUUCUUUGAA